AUGCGCAGUUUCCAGCCUAUUUCCGGGGCCUUUUUCGUUCCUGACGAAGGGAGUUCUCAUACAAAGUCUGAAGGGCAGUUCAUGACGCUGCGUUCCACCAGCUGCGCGAGGGCACCCAACGGUACCCCAGCGGUGACUUGGGGGCCCCCCCUCUCCGGCACGUGGUCAUCCUGCCCAAAAGUGUCCUCUAGAGUGUCUUUGGAUGGCGCGAAUGGCCAUGUUGACGAGAACACUGGCGGCUGGGUUUCGCGAUCCACCCCCUUCACUGGAUCCGCAUCCGCCGAAGAUGCGAGGCUCCUUGGAGGGGACGGCGGAGCAGCUAUGACACAACCCCGCAAAGACGGACAAAGCCAGCGGCUGCCGCAGAUGCAGUCUUCGCAGCAAGUCUACACACACCCCAGCAUCAACUAUCCCAGCUUCACUGGCCCCACUGCUCUUCCGGAGUGGGGGCACCGCUCUCCUCCAGAAGGACGCACGGGGGGCCCCCUUUUGACCAUUGGCAACGCUUCAUGUUCGAACUCUCCACAGCAAACUGCAAGCGCCUUCGGGCAGCAGUCCAUCACAAAGGAACACCAGCAGCAUCUACAGGGGGAGGAACACGUACAGCAGCUGCAGCUCUGCCCCCCACAGCUGCCAUUGGACACCAGUACUGCUAUGGAGGCCCCUGUUCGGGCUUUACUGCAGUAUGAUGAUCAUCAGGUUUGGCAACAAGAGAAGCGUGCAGAAAAAGCGGUGCCAGGUGCUCCUAUCCCGCUUACAGGGACCAUUGUCGCCGAUCGCCGUGUUAUCUUUUACAAAACGCAGAUGUGCCCUCAUGUGCCUAAAGGACAGUGCCGCUUGGGGUCUAGGUGCCGCUUUGCUCACAAAGAGGAGGAGCUGCGUCCUCCCCCGAGGCUCGACAAAACCCGAAUGUGCGCAUUCGUAAAGGCCGGGGUGCCUUGCACGCGUGGCCAUAGAUGCUCUUUUGCGCAUAGUCGCGAAGAAUUGCGUCACACGUCCGCUUUUUUUAAGACGAAUAUCUGCCGGAACUGGCUGGUGGGGCGCUGCCUGCAUCCCGAGACUUGCAACCACGCGCACGGCAUCCGGGAAUUACUCUUCUUCAGAACUUUAGCUACGCAAAGCGGAGUGCGGGACUUUCUCAAAGAGACAACAACAAGCAGGUCCCCUAAGAUUGGUGCAAAGCAGGAACUUGACGGUUUCGAGGAGCAACAACAGCUGCUGGUGCUCCUGCAGCAACUGCAACAGGCUGAGUCGCGUGCUACACAUUUAGCGGGGCAUCAGCGGCCUCCAGCGCCUCCUUUCUCCGCACUGUUGGAGGCAAGCGGAAUUAAAGAGGGCCACGCCUUCACGACGGAGCAAGACGAACAGUUGCUCCAACCGCGUUGCUCUUCGGAUGGCUUGUCAGAGCGACUCUUGCAAACACUGCUGCAGCGCUUGCAACGGCACCAGACCACGGGAAACCUUCCCUUCAGACCAGCAAGAGUGUGCUCUGAAAAACAGCCCGAGAACUAUGGGUUGUCUGACGAAGCAGAAGCUGCGGCUGCACCUGCAGAUGAGUCACUAGCAACCCAGUGCGGCGUGUUUCAGCAAAUCCCCAUUCAGCAGUCACCUUCAGAAAUCCGCCUGCAUCGAGAAACGGCAGCCAACCCAGAGCUAAUGAAGGGGCAUUCAACGGGUCUCCUCAAGGGACCCUUGCUGAGCCCCCUGCACCAGCAACACUCCAAGGUGAGACACUGGGAACUAGAAAGCACUGGCAGCACCGAAACUGUUAGCAGUGCACAGAUGGUUGAGGAGCCCAUUGGACUGAGCAGCACAGAGUGGGUGCCAGCAACUAACAAGGGCGAUUACAACGAGAAGCAGCAGCAGCAGCAGCUAAUGAUGGGUGGUAAUUUGCCAGAUUCGGUUGCCCAGUUUGGCAUCAGCCGUAUGCUAAAGUGGCGAGAGCAGCACCCGACCUACUAA